AUGAACUCACCGAAGUCUCUCGUAGUUCAUGGAGGCUUGAUCCUGUCGCUCACCGACACGCUUGGCUCAUUAGCCGUCGCAAGCAAAGGCCAUUUCAUGACGGGUGUCUCAACAGACAUCGGUACCUCAUUUGUACGGCCUGCUGGCCGAGUUGGAGAUACCCUCCAUGCAAAGGCCGUACUCACGGGCAUGGGGAGGCAACUCGCUUACACUCGUGUAGACUUCACCAAUCCUGCUGGAGAUUUGGUGGCAUAUGGCUAUCAUACCAAGUACAUCGGAAAGUCUUCUAACCAUCACGAAAAUGUCAAGUUCUCGGAGGAUGGUGAAAAGGUGAUUGACGGAGAAGACGUUGAGUAG